UUGCUACGGCGCUUAAUAUCAAAACAAACGUCCAGUCCGUUGCUAGGAAUAUCCAUGUGUAAUUGUUAGUUCGAUACAAAUUGACAUUAAAAAAACAAUAUUUCUCUGUGAAUGGACCACAAAAAACAUUCACAGAAGCGAUCACGCUUAAAUAAAACUUCUGAAAUAAUAGAUUCAUCGAGUUUGGAUAACUAUUUUUCAGAAAAUAACAAUUCAAAAUCUUCAAAAAGUGCAAGUGAUAUAUCUAAACUGAGAUAUUUUAAUUCCAGUAAUCUAAGUGUAAGUAGAAAUCAUCAAACUGUGAAUGAUGACUCUGACAAUGAGGAAAAUUUUAACAAGAUUCCGAACAACGAACAGUAUAACAGAAGAGACUCAUCUAGUUCAGAAGAAACCGACGAGAAUAAUUCCGAUGAUGAUGUUCACAAAAGGAAAAUCAAACAAAGUAGUAAGGUGCUAUCUAAACAAGAAAAAAGACGUAAAAAAACAUCACAGAGGCGGUUGCAUAAUCAACGAGAAGAAAAACGUAUUUCGUCGUCUCGGAAUGACAAUGAAGAGGACGUUGACGAGGAUCGGGCUUCUGUAAAACGACAUCGCACUGUACAGACGGCAAGAAAAAAUUCCAAGCGUCUAAGAACAACAAAAUCGCGUAAUGGCAAAGAAGGUGGGAAAAAAGAAGGACGAGGUGGUACAAAAGAUAAUGAAGUACCAAUAACAGAAAUUUUACGGCAAGCUGAAGAAAAUCCGCGAAGACAGUAUGAAGAGCCGAAGCCUUUAACCCAGUUGAGCACAGAUACAAUUUAUGUGCAAGGUGUAAAUCGUUUUAGUGCCGUUAAGAUUCCUGCAGAACGUAUUACUCGAGGUCGCCGAGGUCCUGAUACAGGUGAAACUGCCAUGUAUCCAAUAAAAAUUGCAAUAUUGGCGCAAAAGGCUUGGAAGAAUGCUGGAUUUAUUUAUCAAGGUCUCCUUGCUGGAAUGGCAUUUAUUCAUUUUAUUUUAAUUCAAACAUAUUUUAAACCGCUGAAGAAACCCAUUGAAGAUUAUUCAAUUAUUGCUGAAAUAUACACUAAUUUAUUUUCUUUUUUCAUUGUAAUGUGCAUUAUUUCUGCUUUUGAUAGAUUUGACUUGGCUCAUUUUGAUAUAGAACAUUUUAGAGGAUUAUAUAACAAUUAUGCUAAAGCUAUGACAGUAAUACCACUAUAUAUUGCAGUAUUUUGCUUACAUCAAGCCACUUUGUCAGUUAAUGAUAAAUUAGUUUUACUAAACUACACUAAAAAUACGACUAGUUAUAUAAGUGAAAAUAUAACAACAACAACUAUCAGUGAUGAAGAACUUGAAGAUUGGAAAGCAAUAACAUUAACAAAAGAUGGAAUAGUCGUAGUAGCCUGGUUUUUAGUUUCAUUUGGUCCACCAAAUGAUAUGCUUCUAACUCACCUUAAGUCACUGGAAAAAUAUCACAAUAGUGAAUAUUAUUAGAAUAAAUAUAUAUGUAUAUUUUUAUUAGAAAAGGAUCGCAGCAAUUGAUUAAAUAAAUAACUCGAGUGAACAUGUACGAUUAUUAUUUGAUCGUCGGAAAAAUGUAUGUACUUUGUAAUUCGCAGUACAAUAACUUGAUACUUUUGUGAUACAAAAGAUACUAACAUUAAAUGGAUAUUUAAUGACAAUUGUAUAAUUAUUAACUACCGAUGAAUUACAAUUUUUUGUGUGAGAUAAAAGUAAAAGACUGUAAAAAAUAAUAAUUAUCAACAAUAGGACGUAGUGAUAGUAUAAAACAA